UAUAGAGCUUUUUUAUUUUUAAAAAGUGUAAACGUUUGUAAAUAAACAUAUUUUUACAUUAUUUCCAGUACUUCAAAGCACAGCCUCCAGCACAAAGACACGUUCUGAUGACUAUAAACAUUGCCCUGAUUCACAGUAUCAAUCUGUUCAUCAACUUCGUAAACUUGCCCAUCUUGUGGAGAACAGGGAUAGGACCUCUCUCUUAUAUUCCAACCGUCCUCUUCAGGGAGGGGGUGAUGUAUGUUAGCUUCAUCUAUGUUGGUCUACAAAUUGUGAAUUGCACAAUAAGACUGCUCCUAGUCUUCAGGUGGAAGAACAGUAUGUUUCCCUAUGAUCCUACUCGGUUCACCAGGGCAGCUCUCAUCCUAAUAUUAGGAGUUGUGGGAACACCCUGGACGGUCAACCUUGCUCUCAAACUAAAAGCAGGAGAAAUUACUGGGAACAUUGAAGCCUUUGCCAUGGAUAUAAAACAAGAUAUCAACAAGCUAGAUGGAAUACAGCUGAUUCUUUAUCCUGCNUUUUCAACUUUAACAUAUUAUAUUUUCCAACUUUAA